CAGGAUGGAGUUCAGUCCACUCGCUGUGAUGCUCUUGCUGAUUUCACUUACACCAGUGCCACAUGCUCAAGAGAGACCAGAGGCAGUACUGAGUGUAUCUCCACAGAGCUGGCUGACUGAAGGAGACUCAGUGACUCUAAGCUGUGAGAUUACAGACUCCUCUACAGACUGGACAUUCAGCUGGUACAGAGAGAUUCUCUACAGAGACAAUGAUGGCCGUAUCAUGUAUAGAGUGGUGCCCCUCUCAGACAGCAGCAGAGGAUCUGGAGGCUCCUACACUCUCAGUCCUGCUGCUCUUAAUCACACAGGAGUUUAUAUGUGCAGAGGAAAGAGAGAAGAACGACCCUUUUUCACAGAGUACAGUCUUCGACAGCCACUAUGGAUCACUGGUGAAUCUCCUCCACUGUCUCUGAUCAUCAAUCCCAGCAGAACUCAACACUUUACUAGAGACUCUCUCUCACUGAGCUGUGAGGACCAGAGUAACUCUACUGGAUGGACAGUGAUUCGAUACACACACAGUGCGAUAGUGUCAGAUUGUUCAUGGUGGGGAUCAGUUACAGGAUCUACAUGUAAAAUCAGCUUCCUCUACACAUCCUACACUGGAGUUCACUGGUGUGAGUCUGAAUCUGGAGAAAACAGUAAUCCUGUCAACAUCACAGUGCAUGAUGGUGAUGUGAUCCUGGAGAGUCCUGUCCAUCCUGUGACUGAGGGACAUCCUCUGACUCUAUGCUGUUUAUAUCGCUACACAAAGUCCUCAAACCUCCGAGCUGAUUUCUAUAAAGAUGGAUCAGUUCUCCAGAACCAGACUACAGGAGAGAUGAUCAUCCGAACUGUCUCAAAGUCAGAUGAAGGUUUCUACCACUGUAAACACCCAGAGAGAAGAGAGUCACCGAAAAGCUGGGUCUCAGUCAGAGGCUCAGGUUCUAGAUCCAGCGCUGGAACAGUAGGAGUGGCUGUGGGACUGAGUGUGGCCUUCUUCUUCAUUAUUUUAUUAAUCUUAAUGAUCCUGCUGUGGUUCUGCAAAAUAAAGAAAGAUGUUGAUGCUGAACCCAGUGGUGGUGAUGUGACUUAUAGUGAACUUGUAAUAAAACCACAGAAAAAAUCUAUGAGAAUAAAAGAAAAAGCCAGUGUUGGUGCUGAUACUGUAUACUCAGAGCUGAAGCUGAACACCAAGACUUCACUGGACUGAACUCAACCAUGUGGACAUCCGAUCUGCUCAUGGGCAAGUGUGGCUGGACUAAAGCUGGGGACCGUUUUGAUCAAAGUGGUGGAAGAGGAUGACACCACUUCAGUCCACAGCAGUGAAAAGAAAUGUUUGCCAGAUUCAGUAAUACACCUGUGCAAACAGAAAGAGUAAAUUAGAUACUUAAAAAUUAAAUACACAGGGCUACAGAUUUCACGCUGUGGUUUGGAUGAUCUAGUAGACACCUUAUGAAGUCCUAUGAUGUAUAGCGCACAUUACAAUGGUUGCACAAUUGCUUGUUGUUUUUUUGCUACAAAUUGCUUAUUUAAUUUAGUUAUGCAUUUACACAUUCCAGCUUUUGAGAAAUUGUUCAUUAUAAAUUUUACUCACAUUUUUACAUUAGAUUAUUUACAUUACUAUUCCUGUACCAUGUGUCCUUUUUAACGUUGUUGUAUGUUUCAACUUAUACAGUAAUUAAACUCAUUUAACCAGUCACUCAUGUCACAGGUUUAACGGUUGUUUUCUGCAUACAGUCUGUAAAAUGAACUGAAAAUAUGAAAUUUAGUUUAUCAGAAGGUAAAUUAAUGUGUUAUGACUCACACUAUGUUCCUAAAUUCUGUCAUAAUUGACCAGCUCAAGUUUUCUCAUGCCUACUUGUGUGUUAUAUUGUGGCACAUUAAUGUUACCAUCACUAAAAAACAUAAAUAAAUAUAAAAAAAACAACCUAAACUUCAACCGU